CACAACACUACAGUUUAAACCUCGGGCAGACCCGCGCUGUGGCCUCCACCUCCUUCAACACUGGUAAUAACCCGCCACCCGGAGGUCAGCAGCCACCUGGGCUCCUCAUUAUCAGCUACAAUCACCGAGACACAUCUGAACAUGGAUAACGAGCAACUUCUUGCUACAGCUGGAAGUACCAUCAAACUCUGGGACACUCAAAACUUCAAGUUAUGCCAAGAAAUUACUUCAGGAAAUGGGCGUGUUAGUGGACUAACAUGGAAUCAGGAUGGCCAAUGUAUAGCAAGCUUGGGGGAAACGGGAGAAGAAAUUUUUUUGUCAGCUGUGAAUGCCAAGUCAGCAGCAAACAUAGGAGUUGUAAGAGGAAUUGAAGCCCCAACUUCUAUCAAAUUUGCAAGCCAAUCUCCUCAUAUCUUGGGUGCUGGUAGCCGCAAUGGUACUGUGACUGUUUGGAAUGUGAAGUUACAGUCACAGUUGAAAAUGUAUUCAGUGACAGAGAGUGAUAUAGCACAAAUUAGCUUCAGUCACAAAGACACCCACAUAACAGCAGCGUCAAGAAAAGGCACCAUCUACUCCGUGUCUGUUGUAAACAACUCCACAGCUGGACCUUUUAAGAUAUUUAAUAAUCAGGCAGUGACUGAUUUGGUAUAUAGCCACGUGAAGAAAUCCUUAUUAGGAUGCUGCUCUGAAGGAGGGGCCAUCGCCUUAUUUGAUUCUAAUGCUAACAAGACCGUCCAUACCUUCCAAACUGCUCACCACUCACCAGUUACUGCCUUAUUGUUCUCUCCUGUUAAUGAAAUGUUAAUGAUAUCAGUUGGUUAUGACAAGAAACUUGCAUGCUACAAUGUUCAAACAAAACAACCCUUAAUGACAUAUCGAAGCUCUGCACCGCUUACCAGUGCAGCUUUCUUGGCGGGUGGUCAGCAAGUAGCUCUGGGUAGCAUGACAGGACAAGUAUUUAUACAUGACCUGCGCUCAAUUCGACCACCAAUUACUGUCAUCUCGGCACAUAAAACAGCUGUUACCAGUGUGCUUCUUCAGCCGCCUUCACGAUCUAAGUCUGAAAAUAUUGUGGGCGGCCAUACCAGGAAGCCUUCAACACAGAAGAAUACUAAUGUUCCUCUGGCAGUACCCCAAACAAAACAAGCAAAGUCCUGUUCUGAUCAACCUGAAGAACCAUCCUCACUUCUGAAACCAAAGUCUUACCCUUCUCCUGCAAGUGAUGUGCUUUCUCCAGAUGUUUUCUCUCCAAUAAGGCCCAUGGACUCGGCUGCAGAACAGAUAAACACUGAGCAAGGUUUCGAGAAAUGGGCUGGUCUUGAUAGUUCAACUGAAUCAUUGAACACUAAUGAUGUAUUGUCUCCAAUAAGGCCUAAUGACCAACCCUUGAAAGGAAACUUCUCACCAUUAGCAAUCAAACUGCUAAGGAGUAGUGUUGAAAAAGAUGACCUUUUGACUUCAAUUCGAGCUACAUACGGAAUGGAUGGCACGACCAACUCUCCCAGUCAAAACUUGGCAAUGUCACAGAUAAAUGUAAAUUCUGGUGUAACUAUGUCCUCUCUCUCACGAAAUGAUAAAGAGAAUGUGAAACCAGCUGAUGCAUCAGAAUUACAACUUCGCCCUUCUAUCGCCACAUCCCACAAAGUAGGGCAUCUCUCUCCAUUAUGUGAAGCUAAUGAUCCCCAAGUAAAUACUAUUGCUAAUAUAAAUCUAAAUACUUCCAGAAAACUUGGUAAGAAUUUUCAGCAAGAUCCAGAUAUGUGUAAUAAAGAAAUUAAAAACACUGAUGGCUCAAAAUGUUCUGGAUCCUUGGCUAUUGAUACAAAAACAGAUUCUGAGCCUGUGGAAAAUCUGCCGAGAAGCUCCGAAGAAAGAGGUACGGAAAACCAAAAUAAAAUUCCUCCUAGUUCAGCUCAGCAAAAUGUACUGCCAGAUGAAUCUUUAUCUUCAAGUACUACAGAAUCCAGAGAGGACCUUGGUAGCAUGGAGAAAACUUUGUAUGCAAGAAUAUCACCACCAAUUACACGGUCAUUUAUGUGGCCUAUUCAAGCCAGCGAUUUACUUGCAGAGAGUCCAAAUGGAGUGAAAUCUACAGAAGAAAACUCCUUAGGCCUGUCUCCUACAAAUGUAUCAGACACAGUAAAAUGUGGCAAUGGAGUAUCUCGACUGCAGGUAGAAUUAAUACGCAACUGUAUGGCAGAUGUUUUAGAAGAAUUCCAGGAUGAUGUGAACCGCCGUCUGAUGCAUUUACAGUGUGUGGUAACCAAGCAAUUCCUCAAGCAGCAGGAGGUAAUGGAACACCUUCACCGCCAGUACUCUUUAAAUGAAGACCUCCUGCAAGAGAAUGAGAGAUUACGCCAAGAGAUCUCCCACCUCAAGGCAACAUACUAAGCUGAAUGAUCUGAAAUCUGCUGCCAAUGAACAAAUGAGUUUUCUUGUAUGUUAUUUCUGGUUUUCUGCUUAGUGCCUUCUUUUGAUAAUUACUAUUUCUAUACUUCUGGUCUUCUGUAAAAUACUUCAGAUGUUGAUAUGAUGGGUUAAUUUUAAUAUCUUGUUUAAAGCUUUCAAUAAUUUCCUAAAUGUACAAAUUGCAGGGAGAAGAGUCUAGGACAGGUACCAGUAUGUUUUUAGAUUACUUCCACACACCACUUAUACUCUGUUAAUGAUGAAAGUUUAUAAUUUGUGUAUUAUAUAUCUGUAAAUAUAUUAUGUAUAUUAAA